GCUGCUGCCGCUGUUCCGAGCUUGUUUCGUGCGUGUUCAUUCAGUCAACAGAGUUCGCGGCGCAAGGUUCUCGUUGUCUUCAACUACAACUUGUCGAAGUUCGAUUUGUUUGCGAGUUUUACGCGUCGUGCGAAUAAGGAAGAACAAUUGAAAAGUUUCGACGAUUUUGCUUAAUAGAACGGAAAAUUUGUUAGCAGCAUCAACGUCGAAAGCCAGCUGCGUUCAAUUUUGAAUUGUAAUCAACACACUCUCGAAUUAAAAUCAGGCGACAUCCGUCAAAGGCCAACUAGAUUUGCAUCGAUAACAAAUUGCAGUGUUGCGUCUAACAAGGCACUGCCAACUUAAUCUUAACGCUCGUGCGUUUGUCUUUUUCGUUUGUGCCCCCCAGUUGCCACGCCCCGUUUGCGGCGUGCGCCCAAAAAGUAGUCAAGACGACGUACUCGAUUAUGAAGAUGAGCUCGCCCAGGAUAAUGCAGCAGAAGCGGAGUAGUAAAUCCUCCAAUACGUCGCGGGUCUCGAUGACCACCUCGACGGCGGAGGAGAAUCUCAUCGAGUCGAAGCUCUUCAGCUGGAUGCGACUCUUCCGCUUCGCCUCGCUCCUCUGUCGCGCCGAGUAGAGAAUGGCGACCACAAACACAAAUACAAAUACAUAUACAUAAAUAUACAUAUUAAGAGGCCUCAACCUAAUAAGAUAAUGGGAAUGCAUUAUUAAAAACAAAAAACAAAAAACAAAAUGAAACAGAUAAAGUAACAGAUACUCGUGCUAGUUGCAGCUUUCGAUUCAAGUUUUCCUAUUACGCUAAAAACAAAAAACCAAAAAAAAAAAACAAAAUUAAAAAUUAAAAAAAAAUUAAAUAAAAAAAAGCAAAACACUUUUUAGAUUCUGCAAUGUAGACAGUAAGAAUUGGAAUUUCUUAAACGAUUUAAUCAGCCUUUAUUUUCCCUUAACUUUCACAAUUAAGUCAAUUUUUAGUGUAAAUUUCGCUGGACUCCAUUUAUGGGAGGCCAUGCGGAAUUUGUCGCGCCUUUCGUACCUUUUGUAUUGUAAUAAGAAAUAAACAUAAAUACGUACAUACA